UGGAGGAGGACAUGAACAUAAACUUCACGUUCUCCAAGCAUGCUUGCGUAUCGAAGAGGAGGACGUAAAUAGAAGGAGAAAUAUUGUGCUUCACAACUUAUAUGUAGCAGACAUGAAAUCUCAUUAAAUACUUAGAAAGAUGGCAAAUACUGGGCUAGGUGCCACGAUCACUGCUGAUGCUAUUAAUGACUUUUUUAGCUUGAAGCCAAAAACGUUAGCCAAAAAACCCCCAUCAUGCAAACAGCUUCCUGACAAUAAAGCGAUAACUGCCGAGCAGAGAAGAAGCUCUGACUCUAGAGAUAUGUAUAGUUUGAUGUCAAAACCCAAUGGAAAUAUUUUUGAUCAAGUAGAAGAGCCACCUGUUGUUGAUGAAGUAUUUGAAAUUGAUACUGAAGGCUUAGAUGAGCUGGAAGAUGCAUCUCAAGAAGUAAAAGGCCCUGAUCAUCCUGCUCUUGAUGUGUAUGACAAUUAUCAAUUUGAUCAUGAAUAUGAUGAAAAUCUUCCAAUCACAAAGAACAGAGAGUGGAUAAUUGGAACCAUAGAAAUGAAUCAAGUCACUAUAAUUGAAGGUACAACUGGGAGUGGGAAAACUACCCAGGUUCCACAGUUUAUACUUGAUUAUUAUCGUGAAAAGAGACAGUAUUGUAACAUUCUUGUGACACAACCUAGAAGAAUUGCUGCUGAAAGCAUUGCUAAAAGGGUCAGUGAGGAACGAAACUGGCCAGUAGGGCAUUUGGUUGGCUUUCAAGUUGGCAGAAAUAGGAAUGUAUCUGAAGACACAAGAAUAACAUAUAUGACAACUGGGGUGCUCCUUCAGAAAAUGAUAUUGAAGAAAAGUAUGAAUGAAUACACUCAUGUCAUUCUAGAUGAGGUCCAUGAGCGAGAUCAAGAUAUUGAUUUGGCCAUGCUUGUCGUCAAGAAGUUUUUAAACACCGUUUCCAAACAUGUUAAGGUGAUCCUGAUGUCUGCCACAUUAGAUUGCAGCCUCUUUUCUAAGUACUUCUCUGUGAUUGUGCGAGGCAAGCUUGAAGAAGCUCCAGUUGUAUCAGUUGGAGGCUGGGCUUAUGAAGUCAAAGAGUAUUACCUUGAUAAUCUACGGACCCAUGGAAAGAUUCCAUUUCAAAGCCUAUCAGAACCUGAGGUUUCAUUUGAAUGCUAUCAAUUAGCAAAAAACCUCAUCAUGGAAUUUGAUAAACGUGAAAUAAGUCUACAACAGUUAGAGGAUGAUGCGAAAUUUGCAGAUAAAAGAGGCAGUGUCCUUGUCUUCUUGCCAGGAUACCCUGAAAUUGAUGCAAUGCACAAACAUCUUGAAAAAGUUGAAGUGGAAAGAAAUUUGCAAGUUCUUAUUCUCCAUUCGCAAAUCACGAGCAUUGAUCAAUCUAGAAUUUUCAUGAAACCACAGUCAGGAAAAAGAAAAGUCAUUUUAUCGACAAAUAUUGCAGAAAGCUCAAUCACAGUUCCAGAUAUAGAAUACGUUAUCGACUUCUGCCUUGUCAAGAAUCUGGAAACAGAUGUGGAUACAAACUACCAAAGCCUGCGGCUUCGCUGGGCUGCAAAAUCGUCUUUGAAUCAACGGAGAGGUCGUGCUGGCAGAGUCGCAAACGGUCUGUGUUUUCGGUUGAUCACUCGAGACUUUUUCUCACGUCUACCGGAAUUCGGAACUCCAGAGAUGCAGAGAUGCCCUCUACAACAAGUUGUUUUGCACGUCAAAAUGCUGAGCAUUGGUGACCCUUGUUCCCUUCUGAAGUUAGCACUGCAGCCCCCAGAAAUAAAUGACAUCAGGAAGACCAUUUUAUUGUUAAAAGAAAUUGGUGCUUUAACAUUGAUGCAAAAUGACAGAAUAAACCCUUUUGAUGGAGACUUGACUGUCGUUGGAAAGGUUCUUGGUUCGCUUCCAGUGGAUGUUAGGGUUGGAAAGUUGCUUAUCCUUGGACAUGUAUUUGGCUGCCUGGAUGAGUGUCUUAUUAUUGCUGCAGCUUUGUCUCUGAAGAGUUGCUUUGCCAGGCCAUUCAAGAAAGACUUAGACGCGUACAGCCACAAAAUGGAAUGGGCCAGAUGGUCUUUCAGUGACUGCAUCGCUGCGCUGCAUUGCUUCCGUGAGUGGAAAUACAAAAAGGAAAGCUCUGGGUUUGGAAGAGAGCUCUAUUUUUAUUGUAUCAAACUGUUUCCUUUUAGUUUGCAAGUUCUUAUUCUCCAUUCGCAAAUCACGAGCAUUGAUCAAUCUAGAAUUUUCAUGAAACCACAGUCAGGAAAAAGAAAAGUCAUUUUAUCGACAAAUAUUGCAGAAAGCUCAAUCACAGUUCCAGAUAUAGAAUACGUUAUCGACUUCUGCCUUGUCAAGAAUCUGGAAACAGAUGUGGAUACAAACUACCAAAGCCUGCGGCUUCGCUGGGCUGCAAAAUCGUCUUUGAAUCAACGGAGAGGUCGUGCUGGCAGAGUCGCAAACGGUCUGUGUUUUCGGUUGAUCACUCGAGACUUUUUCUCACGUCUACCGGAAUUCGGAACUCCAGAGAUGCAGAGAUGCCCUCUACAACAAGUUGUUUUGCACGUCAAAAUGCUGAGCAUUGGUGACCCUUGUUCCCUUCUGAAGUUAGCACUGCAGCCCCCAGAAAUAAAUGACAUCAGGAAGACCAUUUUAUUGUUAAAAGAAAUUGGUGCUUUAACAUUGAUGCAAAAUGACAGAAUAAACCCUUUUGAUGGAGACUUGACUGUCGUUGGAAAGGUUCUUGGUUCGCUUCCAGUGGAUGUUAGGGUUGGAAAGUUGCUUAUCCUUGGACAUGUAUUUGGCUGCCUGGAUGAGUGUCUUAUUAUUGCUGCAGCUUUGUCUCUGAAGAGUUGCUUUGCCAGGCCAUUCAAGAAAGACUUAGAUGCAUACAGCCACAAAAUGGAAUGGGCCAGAUGGUCUUUCAGUGACUGCAUCGCUGCGCUGCAUUGCUUCCGUGAGUGGAAAUACAAAAAGGAAAGCUCUGGGUUUGGAAGAGAGGGCGAAGGAGCUUGGGGAAGGAAGAAUUUCGUGGAAGUGAAAAUGAUGCACGAGGCUGACCAGCUGGUCAAGGAACUCGAAGGACGAUUGCAGCAGAAUAAUAUCAGGCGAAAUCAUGACAGACAGAGAAAUCAAAGAGCUUCUAUGUCGCCAGAUGACUUAUUGAUUCUAAAGAUGGUUAUUUGUGGAGCUUUUUAUCCAUUCUACUUCGUCUCUGGUGAAGUCGACGAUGCUGAGUCCAUUAAAGUUCUUUCAGGACAUGAUCCGUUCAGCACUGUCAUGCUCAAUAAUGUCCCAUCGCCUGGAAUUCUUUAUAAAGAGAAGAUUGCUGCACUCAUGAGGCCUUGUGGCAAAGGGAAAUUCCUGCAUUUUGAGAACUCAAGGUGCUACGUCGAGUUUGCCAGAUCGCAAAUGCAAAGGAACUCGGCUCAGAACCCUGUAUUACCUGCUGUUUACCUUGCCAUUAAAAUGAGGCAAUUGAGAAUGGAUCUGACCAUUUUUAUUCGAAAAGACAACCAUGAAGAUCUUCGGAGGAAACUGGAGUCGCUUCAGAUGUCUAAUACAGAAAGCAAAUCACUGCGUCUCGGCAGCCUAACAACAUCCAUGGAAGGGAACGAUGCGCAAACUGAUCGAAAAACCUUUAACAAGGUUUCCCUUCCAGCGAUGGGCUACACCGAAUUGUUUGUCACAGUGGCCCUAGAAGCCGGGCAUUUCUGGGCCCAUUAUGGCAACCAAGAAACAUUCCAAAAGCUUGCUGAAAUUCAACAUGACAUCAAUGCUAUGGGAGGGAGCAACUUAAAUAGGAUUGCAAAUGGUGUGAAAUUGAGAGCUGGCGAGAUAGUUUUAGCCUGGUUUGAGGAAGAGUACUACAGAGCAGAAGUCAUAGCUGAAGGACGAGUGUCAAACAAAGAUUGUAUGGUAAAAAUUUUCUUCCUCGACUACGGCAAUGUUGACGUCUUGCCACGUGACCAGCUGCGUCACUGCCCCGAACGUUUUCGUCAGUUGCCCUAUCAGGCCUUCGAAUGCUAUUUAUGUGAAAUCCACCCUGUCUACGGCGAUUGGACUGAUGAGGCUAACAUUAGGUUUCGAGAACUUACGCAGGACAAAAAGAUGAUAGCUAAGGUUUACUCCGUGGUUGACAACAGCGUUCGUUUGGAUCUUUAUCUUCCUGACGAGCAUGUUUCCGGUAACAGUAACCAUGUCAACCAAAUUUUGGUAGACGAGGGAUUUGCACGAAAGUGCGAAGAGUCUUAUUCCUCAAAGUUGACCAAGGACAAUUCUGUGAGGAUGGAGAGGGCAAUCAAAGAAAGCAAUAGCCUUUUAAGUAAACUUGAUAAAAAGCCAGAAGCCCAUGAAGUAUUAGAUUACGAUGCAACCAAGGUGAAACUGCGUGGACCCUUUAAUCCAUUUGAGAUGAGCUUUUAUAGCUUGACAAACAAUGGAAGAUUUAGGGCCACGAAUAUCGAGAAAGACUCAGUAAACAGUGUUUUCAUCUGUGAAGAGCCUCAAGAUAAACAUCCAAGGUUUAUGGUCUCGGCGGUCAUUGGUGUAAAUGCUACUGGAAAUACAUUGAUAGCCAGGGAGACAACUGUCAUGCCAAACAUUCACGGCAUAGCUUCCAUUGUACCUGUACUGUUUGCACCAUUUGCUGAGUAUAGGUUAAGUAAAGACAAAAAGAGGAUUAUUGGGGCCAUUUGUGGCCUCGGUUACAUGGAAUCAUCCAACAUACCAAUCCUCCCUGAGCAUGACAUGGAGGUUACCUUUGAUGUAGAGUUCACUCUUAAUGACGUACAGAUGGUAAAUUCCGUCCGAAAGGGAAUAAAUUACGCCUUUAAAGAUGCAGACCAAUGGGGAACAAGCGCACUUGAAAGGAUUCAAAGAUUUUCGAGGAAAAGGAUCUUAGAGCUUCUGCACCAUAAAAGAAACGAAACCAAGCAAACCGACUACUCUAGGCCGUAUGUUUGGAAUCAGAUUCCGGAAUUGGUCCGUUUGAAACCGGCAGAUGAAGAUGGUUCAACCGUCCCGUUGUACGCCUUGCAUUACGGUGUUUUGCUGGACGAUCCUGAUGAAAACAAAGAGUCAGCAUAUACAAUUAAAGAAAGACAAGUGAGGAAUUUGUAUGGAAUGGCUGGAAGGUCAACCGACCCUUUCCAAGAACCAGUUGUAUGUCCAUUAUGUAACGUCGAAUGCAGGCACCCACGUGCACUCGAUCUUCACCUUGAAACUCGCUAUCACCUCCAGGAAGAGCAAAUCCUGCACUCAAACUCUCAGAGCCGGUUGUCCAGCAGCUCCGCGCUUCGAUAACAUGCAGUGUAGCCGUUUAUUAAGAUUUGAUACAUUUUUCCCUAUCUAUAAAAUAGUUUGUUCACUUUUAUAAUUCAACCCUACGUUUGUUUAUAUUCGUUUUGUUUUCUAUAUAGAGAAUUUUUUUGUGUAUAUACAAUCUUUGCAAAAAAUUAUCAAAGUAGCUCGUAUAUCAUUCAGGUGCUGCCCCAGUGGCCUAACCAAACAACGCUUUUUAUUUUAUGGUUUAACGACUUUUUGACACGAUAUAAAUGUGCACCGAUACUGUGUUUCUUAUCUUACAAUCUUUUGUGAAAAAGGAUCGUUUUGAAAUAUAAGAUCUCCAACGAAGGUUGCACACAGUUAUAGGUAUCUUAAGGGUGAUUAUUUUAAGUUCGUUUUUAAGCAUAGUCUCUAAAGAAUAUGUUUUCCUUUUGUAGAAUUAAUGCUGUUUUAGUAAACUAUGGAUAUCAAAAUAUUUAAAUUCACUUCUUUGUUGUUGGAAAAUCACUUCAAUAACGCCCUAACAUUAAUACUAGGCUCUUGUGCUUCUAAUGUUGCCUAGUAUAAUCCAUUGGCUGUUUUAUUAUGUCUAACUAAAGGAAUUAUAUAAGACUUAAAUUGUUGAAUUGUUUAACAUUAUCAGUGUUGUGUUUUCAAGUAUUAUUUUCUUAGUGAUAUUUAGUUAUUCAAAGGCGAUAAUUUUCAUGGCCUUUAUUGUACAAAGACUUAACUAGUUUUGUGUUAUUUUUUUUUAAAUUACUUUUUAGUGAAGUCUGUAGAAUCAUGCCCUUUGUGUUAAAUUUCA